AUGAAGAUCAUUGCAAGUUUUUUGAUUCCAGCUUUAAUGCUAUUCAGCUCAACUGAUGCUUUAAUCCCAAUUACAGUUAAAGGGAAACGUUUCAUCAAACCUAAUAGUGAUGCUUCUACUCAAGGUGAAGUGUUUUUCAUCAAAGGGAUUGAUUAUCAACCAGGUGGUUCUUCAGGUUAUGAUUCCUCAUCAGGUGAAGAUGCUCUUUCAGAUCCAGAUACGUGCUAUAGAGAUGCUUAUGCUUUCCAACAGCUUGGCAUCAACACUUUAAGAAUUUAUUCUUUGAAUCCAGAUUCAAAUCAUGACGAAUGUAUGACUAUCUUCAACAACGCUGGGAUUUACUUGAUUUUAGAUGUGAACUCUGGUGAACAAGGUGCUUCGUUGAAUAGAGCAGACCCUGCUUCAAGUUAUAAUUCUGGUUAUCUUUCAAGGGUUUUCAAAUUUAUCGAAGCUUUCAAGAAUUAUCCAAAUGUUUUAGGUUUCUUCUCAGGUAACGAAGUUAUUAAUGAUGAGAGUAAUUACGCAGAAAUUUCACCAAACUACAUCAGAGCUGUUCAAAGAGAUAUGAAGCAAUAUAUUGCUAAACAUUCUAACAGAACUAUUCCUGUUGGUUACUCCGCAGCUGAUAGUGUCACUUUGAGAAGAGCUACUUUUGAGUAUUUACAAUGUUUUAUCGAUGGGGAUGAAGAUGAUUCAUCAAGAUCUGAUUUCUUUGGGUUGAACUCUUAUGAAUGGUGUUCUGGUACCUCCAACUGGGCUAAUUCAGGUUUUGAAAAUUUGAAUAGUACUUUAAGUAACACUACAUUACCAUUGUUUUUCUCAGAAUUUGGUUGUAAUAAAAACUUACCAAGAACAUUUGAUGAAGUUAGUGAUGGUCUUUUUGGUGGAUUAGUUAACACUUUCUCCGGUGGUUUGGUUUAUGAGUAUACUGAAGAACCAUCACAUUAUGGUGUUGUUGACUUGAAUGACGAUGGUUCCAUUACAUAUAAAGAGGAUUUUGAUAACUUAAAAAAUGAAUUCGCAAAUUCAUCACUGCCAACUAUUUUAGAAGAUGAUGUUGAAGAAGCUGAUAUCGUUACUUGUAAUGCUGAUAUUGUCACGGACAUUUAUCCAUCAUUUGGUGCUAACUUUACUAUCCCUGAACAACCAAAAGAAAUUGCAGACUUAAUUGAAAAUGGUGUUGAUACUGAUAACGUGGGUAAACUUUUGGAUGAUGUUGAAGCCAAGAAAUCAAACUAUACUAUAUACGAUCAUUCAAGUAAUGAAGUUGAAAGUGCUACUGUUAGAUUUGAAGCUUCAAAUGAAAUCAAUACCCAAUCAGGUGUUGUGGUUUCUUCAAAAGCUGAACCAUCUUCUUCUUCAAGUGUCCAAGCUGCUGCUUCUACUAGUGAAGAGUCUUCAACUGCUGGAUCAAGCUCAUCUAGUGGCGAUGGUGUGAUGAAUAUCUAUGUUCCAACUUAUGGUAUUUGGAGUUUGAUAAUGUUGGUUGUUUCUUAUGCUAUCUGA